UCUCAUUACCACCAUCACUACCACCUUCAAUAAUUCCUUUAAUUUUUUUCCAGUUCACCAAAGUUGUGUGUGCUUGAUCAUAACUUUAGUCCCAAUGGCGGAAACCGGUGGUGGCGUUACAGUCACAGAAAAACUAAAAGGAUGGUUCCCUGAAAGGGUUCAACUCCAUAUAGCCAUGUUGGCUUUGCAAUUUGGUUAUGCUGGUUUUCAUGUGGUGUCUAGAGCUGCCCUUAAUAUGGGCAUUUCUAAGAUCGUAUUUCCUGUUUAUCGGAACAUUCUCGCGUUCAUUCUCUUGCUCCCUUUCGCAUAUUUCCUUGAGAAGAAGGAGCGACCACCGAUUAACUGGGGUUUAGCAGUUCACUUCUUCCUUCUCGCGAUUGUUGGCAUAACCGCAAAUCAAGCUUUCUACUUGUUGGGUUUGGACAACACUUCUCCCACAUUCGCUUCCGCCCUUCAAAACUCGGUUCCCGCCAUAACAUUCCUCAUGGCCACCAUUCUUGGUAUAGAAAAGGUGAGGCUAGACAGGAAAGACGGGAUAUCAAAAGUGGUUGGAACUUUAUUCUGCAUAGCGGGGGCAUCCGUGAUCACUUUAUUCAAGGGUCCCACCAUAUACAGCCCGUCCCCAACGCUAAACAGCGUCAGGGCAGCUUCCCCCGUGUUGCAGUCACUAGGUGACGCAACCGGGAAAAGCUGGACCCUUGGCUGUUUGUUUUUGAUUGGUCAUUGUUUGUCAUGGUCCGGAUGGCUUGUGUUGCAAGCCCCUGUCCUAAAGAAGUACCCGGCUCGUCUCUCUUUCACAUCUUAUCAAUUAUUCUUCGGAAUCCUACAGUUUCUUGUUGUGGCCGCGUUUAUGGAAAGAGAUAUUAACGCUUGGUUUAUUCGCACGGGGGCUGAGCUCUUUAGCGUGUUUUAUGCGGGUGUGGUCGCAUCCGGGAUUGCAUUUGCUGUACAGAUAUGGUGCAUUGACAGAGGUGGCCCGGUUUUUGUGGCCUUGUAUCAACCCGUUCAGACCCUCGUUGUCGCUCUCAUGGCUUCAGUCGCUUUAGGCGAAGAGUUCUAUUUGGGCGGGAUAAUAGGAGCGGUAUUGAUCAUAACCGGAUUGUAUCUAGUGCUAUGGGGAAAGAGUGAGGAGAGGAAGUUCGCACUACAAAAGCAGCCGGGGUUGGUCCAAGCCCCAACGGACCAAGGUGCACCUAGGAUAACAGGCCAGCACGCUAAAUCGAUUACACAACCUCUACUCCCAGAAUCAACUCAAAAUGUUUAAUAUGAACAACAUAACGCUUAAGUUUUUUUUUUUAAUGUAACUAGCGUGUGUGAUGUUAGGACUUCAAAGAAAAAAUAUGGAAGUUACUAUGCAUGUAUUAUGUGAGAUGAUCGAAGAAGAAAAAAAAAAGGUUUGGUGUGUUUAUUGAACAUGUCCUUUUGCUUGGGCUGUUCCCUUUUUUUAGUGUUGGAUUGAUUAGAUUAUUAAACAUUAUAUUUCAAAUCGAGUUUGAUCA